CAUCAUAAAGAUAUCUUUAUUAAGGUUUUUUCUCGGUGUUUUCACCCAGUAAGAGAGUUAAGUUAUCUAACUUUAAAUCCAUACAUUCUGCCACCGCUAGUUUGCUGUCUAACGUACUGGUAUUUUAAAUAAUUCAGACGUUAAAAGCUGCGGUGAUGCUAUCGUUUGAGGCAGCAAAUUAAAAAGCAGACAACGGUACAUAUACAUUACACGUCAAACGGCCAUUACUAGCCGACCGUCCGUUGGUGUACUAAAAGUCUGCCGUUACCGCCAAACCGAGGCUGUAAAUCAGUAGUAAACGCAGCCAAGUUGUCAGAAACAGCACUGAGCAUGGCCGGAGGAUAAAGUGUCAACAGUACGCGCAGGUGCUUCCACUUGCGUCCACCUUCAUGUGCUCGGCUCGUCGGUGUUAACGGACCGUAAUCUGGCUAACGGCGAGUGUUGGUGGUGGUUAACGGUUGAGGCCAUGACGAGGUCAACUGACUGUUCUUGUCGGUCACGGGGCUUUUUAUAGCUAACGCUCGCUCAGUCCUCCAGGACCGUUGACUUCGCGUUGGACCACCGAGGAGGACAGCGCGCGACCUUGGGGACGUUGCCAUGGAUUUGACGCGGUUGGCGGUUGAUGCUGGGCAGUUCAUCAACCGGGCGGUUCAGUACACCGGGGAGAGUCUUGGCCAGGCGGACAAGACGGAGUUGGACCCCGGGCUGGAGGAGCUGCUGGCCCGUGCAGACGCCACCAAGACCUGGACAGACCAGAUAAUCUCCCAGACGGAGGUUUUACUGCAGCCCAACCCUGGAGCGCGGUUAGAAGACCGGCUGUACGGGCAUCUGGAUUGGAGCGUGCCACCUCGGCCUCGCGCACACGAGGUACUGGGAGACCAAAUGAUCCAGGCUGGGCUGGAGAUGGGGUCCAACACACCCUAUGGAAUGGCAUUGGUCAGGUGUGGAGAGGUUCAGAAGCAGCUUGGCGAGGCAGAGAAGAAGUUUGUCCAAAGCGCUAACAUCCACUUUCUCACCCCUCUGAGGAGUUUCACUGAGGGGGAAUACAGAGCCAUACAGGAUGAGCGCAGGAUGUUGGUGAAUAAGCGUCUGGACUUGGACAUAGCUAAUACCAGAGUGAGGAAAGCCCACGAGGCUGAACGAGAGGCCAGAAACCUGAAUGCAAACCCGCGGGACGACGACUACAUGUCUCAUGUCUCCUACAUGUUCAGCUUCCUCCGUGUUAAAUGGCUGAAGAUGUGGGCUCAGGAAAUCGCUCAAGCAGAGAUGGAGCUGAGGAUCUGUCAGAGUCUGUUCGAUCGGCAGUCAGAAAUUACAAGACAGGUUGUGGAAGGAAUCAGCAACACUCAUACAAACCACAUGCGGAGCCUGACUGACUUUGUGGAGGCUCAGGCGUGUUACUUCGACCAGUGCAACCAACAUGCUCAGGAGUUUCAGAAACAGCUAGCCAGCAGCAUUCCAGCUGUCCUCUGCUCCAAUAACUGGCAGUCGGCAAUUAGUAAUGGAGGUAAUCAGCCAUCAACAAGCAACCAUGUAGCCAAUGAGCCUGUCGAGUCAAAUCAAGUCAUUCCAAUCCCAGUAGUCGUCCACCAACUUCCAGAAUUCGACCAGGACUCAUGGACCGUAAAUCCACCGCACGCAACCGAAAGAACAACAAAAGAUUCCUCUGUAACCACACAGCCACCUGAUCAGACAAAUAACAACAAUAACAACAAUACCUUCUUUACUGACUGCCAGGCAAGCAGCUAUUAUUCAGCGGCCAAUCCAGCAUUUGAUGAUGUCCGAACAUCGAAUUCAGACGGUCACCCAAGGGAUCCAAUCACAGCCUUCAGCAGAACAUCAACAAUAACAACAACUGCUUCCCCACCUUCUGAACUCAGUGGAACAUCAAACGAGUCUCACACAGCAGAUGCAGUAGCUACUGAGACCUCAACAACCAACGGCGUGGCCGCUGAUCCCCAAACAGCCCGUACAUCCGCAAGCGAGCUGGCCACCAUUAAUGGAGAAGAUGUCCAGGAGUCUUCAACCGACAGUCAGUCUGUGGUUCAGUAGAGACUAAUGUCUGGCGGGCGAUUUGAAACCUGGACAAAGACAUAUCAGCUGGGAUUGGCGCUUCAGCUGAUUUAGACCAGUGAUAAAUGUAGAUCCAAGAAUACAGACACAGACACACAAUCAUUAUAACAUGGUACAGUAAAAAAAAAAAAGAAAAGUUAAUUAAUCCCAUAGGGAAGAUAAUGUGAAGUGCUUAUUUCUCUAAACGCGACAUAGUGCCACAAUAAUUUUAGCCUUUAGCCAUGUUCAUAUAUUAUUUACGUUGUAUGAAGAUGAUGACUGUUGAGUAUUUGUCCCCUCUUGUGGCAAUGGAUGUAAUGGAUGUCUACCCUGUAAUAUUUGCUAGCCUCAUAUUUGCAGUGUGCGAUUGUGACAAGUUGUUUUCAGUCUGUGAAACUAAAUCUUUAUUUUUACAUUUAGCGAAAUGAAAGAACUAACAAAGCUUUGUGCCAAGUGUAUGUGUAUCUGUGUUGGUGUGAAAACAACAGCUCGUGUGUGUCUCUGUGUGUUUGUUGUGUUUAUGUAUGUCAGUGACCCAUGUGCAUUCACGUGUGUUUACAGUUUCCCCAAACCUGACACCUUCAAAGAGAGGUGUGUGUAUAUGUAUGUGUCUCUGCCACCUCUCGACUUGUGUUUCUACAAGUUGAGGUCAUUUUCCAUAUAAAACAUGUCACUUAUAUGUGCGUUGGGUAGUCCAGCGAGGUGACAAAACACCAAGCUGAACAGGACCUUUAUGCUGUGGUAUAAAAUAUGUUUCCUCAUACAUACUCUGGGUGUUUCCCCCUUUACAUGCAGUCAAAUCACAUAUUCACUUUUACCCUUUUACCCCCUUAAAGCCCCCACUAGGUAAAAUGGGCAGUUUCCAUUUCCAGAUGUUGUUAAUUUUCUUCAUGAGGGCUGCCCUGCUCUACUGUGGUGUGGGUCCACUCUGGGGACCCUGGAUGGAAACACACAUAUUAAUGUAGCACUGGCCUUACUGAUGUAAUCACCCACCAGCUCUAAGCUCUUCGCUUUUCUCCCAAUACGUAGGGAUGUGUGUGUGUAUGGAUAGCUGCAAUAUCCACGAGUCUAGUUGCUGCCAGUUUUAAACGUAAAUGCAGUAAUAAUUCAGUCACAUAUUGUACGUUGAGCUGAUGUCAGUGCGAGGUUGGAGUUUUGCCUUGAUUCAUGUGAAAAUGUGGAAAUAAAUGUUGCAAACAGUGAUGUCA